AUGACUGUUCCAGUAGCGUCGACUGUGAGUUCAAAGAGUUUGAAAAGGGCAGAAGCAAGACCAGAUGAGAACACCCGGGAAAUGGGAAAGGCGGCAUAUGCCGCCGUGGCGGCGCGGCGGCGCGGCGGCAGUGGCGGUGCACAUACCUUCAACUGGACCGGAUCUACGCGGAUCCUUUACUCCCUUGACGAGCCACCGUACGGACGGCUCGCCGCCGUAGAAGUGGCAUAUGACGAAGAAAUACAGACUACGAACAUAAUCCGUGCGCCGAACCUUGGUGUUGAGAGCGGCGUUCAAGAGCAUUUCCGGUGGCAUGGUACAGAGUUACAAGCCUUUGAGACGGAGCCGUAUUAA